CAUAAUUGACGGUCAACCGUUUUCUCCGUCACUGACUCAGCAUUCGAUGCUGACUCGCCUUGUCCAUGUCAUUACUAAUUUAAAAAAAAAAAAGGAGAAGGGGAGAGGAGACAUGAGGACCACCACCAACACAGACCUUUCCCUUUCCUUAUCCCCUUCCAUCGUCUUUCUUCCUCGUGCGAGAACCCCAACCGUUCCCGUCCCCGACCUCCUCUAAAAUCAAAUCCAACCCACAUCGGAGUUAAGCACGCAACCGACGCCUUUUCGUGGCGAUCGAUGGCAGGCAGCGAGUAUUGGUCCUUCUUCCGUACCCCUUCCCAGAUCGAAAGUGCUGAGAAAGUUCCCGUCGUCGUCAACACUUUCUACAACCUCGUCACCGACAUCUACGAAUGGGGAUGGGGCCAAUCAUUUUACUUCUCCCCUUCCUUGCCGGGGAAAUCCCACCGCGACGCCACCCGAUUAGCUAAAAAAUCAAGCCCAGAAGUCGAAUCCUCAAGCUGGGUGCGGGGUCGACGGGCAGGUGAAAAGAGUUUGCAACCAUAACAAACCGAUUCCUCAAUGCUCGAUGGACGGGGUCGGCGGCCAGGUGAAAAGAGCUCGCCGGCAUGGGAAUCGGUGGAUGGGAAUAAAUGUCUUCGAUUUUUGGAUGGCUUCUCUCUUAAAGGGUAGGAGGAAUCGGUGGAAGAAGAAAAGAAAUUGUAGUAGUUGUGGGUUUGGGGAAGGAACAAGAGAGGCAGCAUAGUGGUGGUCGUCGAAGAAGGAGGAGGCUUUGGGGAUUUUGUGGGGAUUUUGUGGGGUUUUUAUGAUGAUGUUGAUUUAAUUUAGCAUUGGAAUUGGGGAUUAAUAAGAGGGAAUUUUCUUAAUUUGUAUUUAUUUUAAAUGAAUUACAAAAUUAAAA